CCUCCUUCACUGUUUCCUGCUUCCUUCUCUAAUAUCACUGUAGCACACACACCUACACACACACUUGUUGAGAGGCGCUCAUCAUGGGGAACUUUGCUGCCAACGAGGGACUCUCCGUCUUUGUAAUUUUGGUGUGGCUCGGGAUCAACGCCUACCUGUUUGUAGAAUUCUACAGGCGCUUCCUGGUGGAGAGAUGGUUUUACACCAGGGUCCUGCUCGGGCAAGCUCUGCCCUGGGCCCGAGCUCCGGCUGCCUGCCUCAACUUCAACUGUAUGCUCAUCCUGCUGCCGGUUUGCAGAAACCUCCUUUCCUUCCUCCGAGGCACCAUCCAGUGCUGCAGCCGCACAGCUGCUCGCCAACUGGAUCGAAACCUGACUUUUCACAAGCUGGUGGCGUACAUGAUCGCCUUCCAUACAGCUGUGCACAUCGUCGCCCACUUGUUCAACUUCGAGUUUUUCAUGGACGCCCAGCUGAAUCGAAACAGCAGCUGGCUACCCUUCGUCCUGUCCGAAAUCGGCACCAAUGACAACGCCGCCUUCCUGAACCCCAUCAGGUCCAACAAGACGAACCCUACCAUCGUCAUGUUCACCACCAUCGCCGGGCUGACCGGCGUGGCCAUCACGCUGGCCCUCAUCCUCAUCAUCACUUCAUCCAUGGAGGUCAUCCGCAGGUCCUACUUCGAGGUGUUCUGGUACACCCACCAUCUCUUCGUCAUCUUCUUUAUCGGGCUGGUGUUCCACGGGGCUGGGCGGAUUGUGCGAGGACAGACAGCCAAUAGCCUGAAUACAAGUGACCCCCAGGUUUGCGCCAGCCAGUUUAACAACUGGGGAAAGAACGGGUCCAAAUGUGCCAUCCCAGAGUUUGCUGGAAACCCACCAGGGACGUGGAAGUGGGUGGUGGCCCCGAUGUUCCUCUAUGUGUGUGAGAGGAUCAUCCGCAUUUAUCGAUCCCACCAGAAAGUGGUCAUCACCAAGGUGGUGAUGCACCCCUCCAAGACUCUGGAGCUGCAGAUGAAGAAGAAAGGUUUCCACAUGGAGGUGGGUCAGUACGUCUUCAUCCAGUGUCCGUCCGUCUCCAGGCUGGAGUGGCACCCGUUCACCCUGACCUCCGCGCCCGAGGAGGACUACUUCAGCGCCCACAUCCGUAUCGUUGGAGACUGGACCCAGGAGCUGUACGAGGCCUGUGGAGGAGACAAAACGGAGCCUCAGGAGGCCUGGAAAAUGCCCAAGGUGGCCAUAGACGGGCCGUUCGGUACGGCCAGUGAGGACGUGUUUCGUUACGAGGUGGUGAUGCUGGUGGGCGCGGGAAUCGGCGUGACUCCCUUCGCCUCCAUCCUCAAGUCUGUGUGGUACAAACGCAUCCAGAACAACCAGGAUGUCUUCACCAAGAAGAUCUACUUCUACUGGCUGUGCCCGGAGACGCAGGCCUUCGAGUGGUUCGCCGACCUGCUGCAGUCUCUGGAGGGUCAGAUGGCGGAGAAGGGCGUGACCGACUUCCUCAGCUACAACAUCUACCUCACCCGCUGGAAGGAGACCGAGGCGGCGCACUUCCGUGUUCACCACGAGGCUGAGAACGACCCAAUCACAGGGCUCAAACAGAAGACGCUGUACGGGAAACCCAACUGGGACAACGAGUUCACCAACAUCGCUUCAAAGCACCCGGGCACCAAAGUGGGCGUGUUCCUGUGCGGCCCACCUCAGCUGGGGAAAUCUCUGGAGAAACAGUGUCUGUCUCACUCUGAGGCUGACGUCAAGUUCAUCUUCAACAAGGAGAACUUCUAACGGCGCCCGGCAGAGACAGAGGAAACAUCCAAGUACUGAGAGCAGCAGCAGCAGCAGCGGAGCUCGUGACACAUGUCACACCACACACGCCUGUUAUUUUAAACAUUUACAGCCGUAACCAUGGCAGCCUAUCGCCAGCCUCCGCUCUGCUUCUCACCACGCUCGUUUUGCAAAGACCCCGCUGUUGCUCAAAAAUGGAGGAUGUGGUAUUUUCCACAUUGCCUUCUUCUCCUUUUGUGUUACAACAAUAAGUGAAACUGUUGCUUUCAAAACUUUUCUUCCUAUUUCUGUUUGUUGGUGCCAGAGGUCCAAAAGUUUUAUGUGCUGCAGUGGAGCUGAUUAGAAGCUUCAAUAUGCUAAAAACAAGUUUCAAAAACAAACUCAAGCUUUCUAGAGUUUUUUUGUGCUUUGCUCGUAAAAAAAGAAAAUGCUUGCUGUGCCUUUUUAUUGUUGCCAAGCAGCCACGCCAUCACCUCCUCACCCUAACCUUCCUGUGUCAUCAAUCUACUGUAACUUUUAUUGUAUGUAUCCUGCAGUAAUGAGUGUGUAGCUGCUGCCAUGUUGAGGCAGAGGGUGCUGUCUGUAGCUCUGGUUGAGGGUGAGAGGCUGUCAGCAGAUAAACAGAGAUCUGUGUGGGUACAUGAGACCCUAAAAAAGAGGCUGGAUCAUGGGGAGUACCACCAGUUGGUCCAGGAGCUUCUCCUCCAUCAUGGACGUUUACAGGCAGAUUUUAGGAUGACUCAGGGGCAGUUUGACAACCUGCUGUCUAUCAUCAGGCCGUAUAGCUCUGGGUAUCCAGCAACCACUACCACCAGUUUCUCCUCCACUGUUUACCAGCUGUAGACUUGUUGUCGUGACCACCACAGAAGCCCCGCCUCUCAAAUCAUCUGAUCAGACAAUGGAGAAAACGUGGAGAACGUGGGCCACUUCUCCACUCUGAGUUUAGGGUUUUGUCAACCCGAGGAGUUCAAAGUGCUCCAGGUGCCUAGAGUGAAGAAGUGCUCGGCGCACAAAACAGCGAGCAAAAAGCGCCAUCCUCAUUAAACCAGUCUAUCGGCCAGUGGAAGUAUAUAACAUGUGGAUAACCAAACUUACACUCAAAUUUCAGACGCCGUUCAGACAUCACCUCGGACUCCUGUCAAACCAGUAAUGUGUAUUUCUGUCACCACUCACACUGUGUUGUGUCUAAUUGUUGUUUUGCACCCAGCUCCAAGUGAAAUCCCUGUUUCGGAUAAUAAACUUGAAUUUUCAGAGAAGUUUUGUCGCAGUUUUAUUUUCAGCCUAAAUGGUUCUUCUUCAGCCAAAUCAACUCUUUUAAAACCCUCUUAGAACAGCUGCACCGUCACAGGACGGCCACAUUACAAACAUAUGAUGAUCUUAUAGACCAUGAUGCAUUGCUGUAGAUGAAACGACCCAGCAGGAUAUGAUAAAAUAAAUAAUUAUUUCAAAUAUUAUUUGUUUUUGAGACCAUAUUG